UGAGAAUUUGCAUAACUACUUUAAGUCUAGUAGAACCGUAGAAAUAUUAAGUAGUCCAACUUAGAAGUUAGAACCAUCUUUUGUUAGAUGAACAUGAACUUACUUGAUUUCUGAUUAAAAUUUUAAAAAUCGACCCUUGUCAGCUCUAGUUGUAAUGCCUUGUGGGACAUUUCAUGUUGACAUUUGGAAAUGCGGGGACAAGAAGUCAAGAACUCGAAAUCUUCUAUUAUCUCAAAAUUCAGAGUUUGUUUAUUCGUAAGAACAUCAUCUUCUUAUGAUCUUAUCCACGUGUAUCUGAUGUCAAAUUUAUUCACUCUAUCACCAAAUUCUUGGGAUCAAUUCAUCUUCCAGUAAUUUUAUUUUUUCCAGAAAAAACACCCAGAAUCACAAGAAUAAAACAAAGGAAAAGUCUUUUUGUGACUCAUCCGUCUAAUUUGCACAUCCAAAUCCAAAUCCAAAUACUUUAUGUAAAACUUGUAUUCUGACUGUGAUCUACAUCAGUAUUCUGUUGAAUAACUAGUACUAUGUUAUUUUAUUCAUUUUUUUCAAUGUUUUAAAACUUCUGUUUCUUGCUCAUAUUAAUUUAAUUGUUCAACCCUCUUCUUGUGUUAUUGUAAGUUUUUAACAUACCCAUUUUUUAUAUUUUUAUUCCUGUUCUUCAUUCCUAUCAAGAUUAGAUUUUACUUACCAUCAAAAACAAAAAGAUUAGAUUUUUCUUUCUUUCUUCCCUGUUCAUUUCCUGCAAAAAGCAGUAAUUCGUUAAUGGGGUCAUCCUUAUAGAAGGCAUUUUGUCCUGGGGUUUGGUCAAUUUUGGAGGUUGGCAAUUCUUUUCAUCAUGUGUUGGUUUCUUAUCUGAUUACUUCUGUUUAGUUUCAUUUGUUGGUAUAAACUUGCUUGUGAUUGUGUUGAUUAUUAGGAGAAUUCAUGAGCUGAUUUGAGUAAUAAGGAGAAUCAUGAGCUUAUUGUUGAUAGAAUGCGUAUACCUUUUGGUUUGUUUUCUGAUUAUUACUAGAGAUUGAUAAAAGAUUGAACCUUUUAUUGGAAGAAUUGGUAUUUUGAAACUUGGUUUAGAUUUGAUGUUGGCUGUUGCAGAGAUCAUAACAGUAGUAGUUUGUGUAUUGUUGGGUUUUUAGCAUAUUUUUGUGGAGAGACAAACUAAGUUAUUGGUGAUUUAUUUAAGUAAUGGAUAUAAGUAAUGAAGCCAUUGUUGAUUUAUUCUCCAUUGGACCGACCUCAAUUGUUGGUCGGACAAUCGCAUUCAGGAUACUAUUCUGUAGGUCCAUGUCUCAUUUUUGGCAUGAAAUGGUUCAUGCUUUGAUGGGGUUCAUGCAAGGAUUUCGAGGUUAUGUUGGCCCGGUUUUUUCGUGGUUUCAUCCUCGGAAUCCUCAGGGUAUAUUAGCAAUGGUAACAAUUAUUGCAUUUGUACUUAAGCGAUAUACAAAUGUUAAAAGGACAGCUGAGAUUGCUUAUAAGAGGAAAUUUUGGAGGAAUGUGAUGAGAACAGCACCUACUUAUGAGGAAUGGGCUCAUGCAGCAAAGAUGUUGGAGAAAGAAAGUCCAAAAAUAAAUGAAGCAGAAUUUUAUGACGAAGAACUUGUGAGAAAUAAGCUUCAAGAGUUGAGGCAACGUCGUCAGGAAGGGUCAUUGAGAGAUAUUAUCUUUUGUAUGAGGGCAGAUCUAAUUAGAAAUCUCGGUAAUAUGUGUAGCCCUGAGCUUCAUAAGGGAAGGCUUCAAGUUCCCAAACUUAUCAAGGAGUACAUUGAUGAAGUCACCACACAAUUGAGAAUGGUUUGUGAUUUUGAUUCGGAAGAACUCCCUUUGGAAGAGAAGCUUGCAUUCAUGCAUGAGACGAGACAUGCUUUUGGUAGAACAGCUUUGCUUUUAAGUGGUGGUGCAUCUCUUGGAUCCUUCCAUGUUGGUGUUGUGAAAACAUUGGUGGAUCAUAAACUUCUGCCUCGGAUAAUUGCUGGAUCUAGUGUAGGAUCUAUCAUGUGCUCCAUUGUUGCUACUAGGUCUUGGCCUGAGCUUCAAAGUUUCUUUGAGGAUUCUUGGCAUUCUUUAAAGUUUUUUGACCAAAUGGGGGGUAUUUUUACGAUUGUUAAGAGGGUUAUGACACAGGGAGCAGUUCAUGAGAUUCGGCAGCUGCAGAUGUUGUUGAGGAAUCUCACAAGUAAUAUGACUUUUCAAGAGGCCUAUGACAUGACUGGGAGAAUUCUUGGUAUAACUGUAUGCUCUCCUAGGAAACACGAGCCUCCUCGUUGCCUAAACUACUUGACCUCGCCUCAUGCUGUUAUAUGGAGUGCCGUGACAGCUUCUUGUGCCUUUCCUGGCCUUUUUGAGGCCCAGGAAUUGAUGGCCAAAGAUAGGACUGGUGAACUUGUGCCUUAUCAUCCCCCAUUCCAUCUUGGUCCUGAGGAAGGCACAACUCCUGCACGUAGGUGGAGAGAUGGUAGCUUGGAGAGUGAUCUACCCAUGAUGCAGUUAAAAGAGUUGUUCAAUGUUAAUCACUUUAUUGUAAGUCAAGCAAACCCUCAUAUUUCACCCUUGCUGAGGUUGAAAGGAUUUGUGAGAGCUUGUGGAGGCAACUUUGCUGCCAAGCUUGCUGAUUUGGCUGAGAUGGAAGUGAAGCACAGAUGCAACCAGAUAUUGGAACUAGGUUUUCCCAUGGGAGGGAUUGUCAAAUUGUUUGCUCAGGCUUGGGAGGGUGAUGUCACUAUAGUGAUGCCUGCCACUCUUGCUCAGUACUCAAAAAUUAUCCAAAACCCCUCAUAUGGAGAACUCCAGAAGGCCGCGAACCAAGGUAGAAGAUGUACAUGGGAGAAGCUUUCUGCUAUAAAAGCCAAUUGUGCUAUUGAGCUUGCUCUAGAUGAGUGUGCGGCAAUUCUUAGCCAUAUGCGUAGACUGAAGCGGAGUGCUCAGCGUGCUGCUGCUGCUUCUCAGACCCAGGCUCAAACUCUCUCCAACACUGGUGUUAGGUUCAGUGCUUCGAGAAGAAUACCUUCAUGGAACUGUAUUGCACGAGAGAACUCAACAGGGUCUCUUGAUGAAGAAGCACUCACUGAAGCAGCAUCCUUGCAGCAAGCUGCAAGUUCUGUAGUGAGUGGACCAUCUUCAAACCGUCAUCAUAGAACACUCCGGAACAAGCAUGAUGGCACUGAUAGUGAGCCUGAAACUAUUGAUCUGAACACUUGGACACGAUCUGGUGGACCCCUCAUGAGGACUGCAUCUGCUAAUAUGCUUAUCGACUUUAUUCAGGGUUUGGACAUGGAUGUUGAAGCAAAGCAAAGUUUGACAGAACAUCUUAAUUCUGUUGUAAUGCAAACAGUAAGCAGGGAAUCGAGGGGGGCAAUACCUGAUAGAAACUUCGAGAUUGCAGAGUCUGGAAGCCGAGGGAUAACUGGAUCUAGUAUUACUGUUUCUGAAGGAGAUUUUUUACAGACAGAGAGAGUCCAAAACGGCAUAGUAUUUAACGUCAUUAGAAAGGAAGAACUCCCAAUUUCAGGGCAGAGUAACGACUCUGAGAGCUUAACGAACAUGCCUAACCUUCCUGGUGAGUGUGUGCAGCUUGAAUUCCCUGAAAGAGAAACUGAUGCGAGCUCAGAAUCUGAACAUGAUGAUGAAAAGAACUCUAGCAAUGUUGAUUCUUAUUCUAUGUCAGAAGAACAAAAUGGGCAGACUGCUAAUUAGUACUGUCCAUUUAGGCUGAACUUGCCAUUCCAUCUUUCAUUCGUGUAAAUAUAAGAUUCAUCAAGAAAUAUCCUCCAACGAUCGCGACCUCAUUGUGAUGAUGUUAUUAGUCUGCCUUCUUUCCCACCCUGCCCAAACUCUAUGUUUUUGUUUUUCUUUGCAAGUUUGUGAAGAUAUUUGGGCUAACUGUGUACAAAUGACAAUGAAUAAACCCUCUUAGUUAUAUAUAUGUCCAUAUGCGUUAUCGCCUAAGCGGGCAUGUUCAUUUUAAUUUGUUUAUAUGAACUUAUGUUGCCUAUUUAAGCUUUUAUGAACAUAACUCUUGUUUUAAAAAUUUGAACUGAUCUUUUUUUGUUACUCUCCAAUUAAGGAUUGUGCUUGCUCCCCCGUUCCCUUCUUUUUUAGAGCUAAAGUGCAAACUACCAAGUCCAGACUCGAGUGAUCUCUAAGUCUUUCUCUCCGACUUGCAGUUGGUGUGUUUAAGGUGAAGAAACCAUCAACCAUCUACUCAACAUGUAUACGGCUUGGUUAAAGUUGAACCGAAUCUGACUUGAACCUGAAUCAACUGCUCCUAAAACGAAGCAGAAUUUGCAUAGUGAAGGCACACAUUAACCCAAAAUCCGGGUGAACAACAAUCGAUAAGAAAAUUCUAACUCCAUUUCAAAUUGUUACUCUCUGUUUCAUUGAAUUUGUUACAUUUAUAUUUCAAUGUAAGAGUUUUUUACAGUAAAUAUA